UUUCAUUGACUGCCGAUUGCCGAAUGGAAUGACGAGUCGAUGAGGAAUUUCUUGAGAUUGCAGUGACAACUUCUACCAUUUGUUUUCUUGUUUAUUUUAUAGGCUUUUAUUUAAAGUGAUGUUUGUUUAAUAAGUUAAUAUUAUAUUCAAUGUAGUCGACAUGUCAAGACACUCGAAGAAUCACCAUAAGGUUGAUAGCGGAAUUACUGUAGAAGUGAAAAGCAAGUUUGAUGCAGAGUUCCGAAGGUUCUCUGUGUCCAAAGCCACCACAAUGAAGUAUGACGAAUUCCAUGGUCUUCUGGAGAAAUUGCAUCGGCUUGGUGAUGUGGCAUUCCUCAUCUCCUACACAGAUCCCAGAGACGGCGAUCUGCUGCCGAUAAACAAUGAUGACAACCUAGCGAGAGCACUACAAAAUGCUAGACCCCUGCUCAGAGUAAUUAUACAGAGGAAAGGUGAAAGCUUAGAAGAAUUAAAUGGCUAUGGGACAUUUAAAACUAGGAAUUUAAUCUCUUCGAUAUUGGGAGGCACACCUGGUAAAUCCAAGACACUUUGUAUCUCCAAUCCCCAUGACUUUAGACAGGUCUCGGCAAUUAUAGAUGUGGACAUAGUGCCGGAUACGCAGAGGCGAGUACGUCUGUUAAAGCACGGAUCAGAGCGCCCGCUGGGUUUCUAUAUCCGAGAUGGAACCAGUGUGCGGGUUACUCCAAGCGGCUUGGAAAAGGUUCCGGGGAUCUUCAUCUCCCGUUUGGUGCCUGGAGGACUGGCAGAGAGUACGGGACUUCUAGCCGUCAACGAUGAAGUCAUAGAAGUCAACGGCAUCGAGGUUGCUGGCAAAACGUUGGACCAGGUGACAGACAUGAUGGUGGCCAACAGCUGGAACCUCAUAAUCACUGUGAAGCCUGCCAACCAGCGGACCGUGGCACCACGCAGGGGCUCAUUCUCGCGCAACAGUCAGCUAUCGUCGGGUUCACAACAGUCAGCACAGUCGGUUGCCACGACAACGGGCUCGGACGAGGAUGCAUACGACAGGGACGAGGUAGUGGACCUCACUGCUACCAACAUGCCAGUGUCUGCACCUACACCCACACCCGCGGUGCUUCACCUCUAACUGAAGGUCGCACCUUUCACAAUAAAUUGUUUUCUACUUAAGGGUUUAUGAAACCAGAGACAAUAAAAAUGCCGUCCAGAACUUUGUCGUCGCAGUAUUCAACACCAGUAUCCAUAACAAUACUUACUGAUGUUUCCGUAUUUAAUAGCGUCUGUAGGGUUAUCACUGUGUGCAACUCUAGAUUGUAUGAACUUUUAAUUAUUGAAUGAUAUUAUUUAAAUCCAUUAUGUGUAUUUUAUUUUAUUUACUGAUUGAUGUACUUUCAUAUCUGCUAUUGAUUAUCAUUUGAAAAUUUUAGUCAGUUGUAUAUUGUUAAGCUCGAGUGGACCAGUGUUAUUGUCGGUUAGAUGUUUUCCCUGUGAUUGUUGGCACUGGAUCUGGAGAGUGUUAACAUAUUUUAGUUUAAAAGACUGUAGUGACAAUAAGUUAGAUAUUUAGAAAUCCCCAUCUGCAUAUGGAUUUUAAUUCUUAAGUAAAUGGCACUACAGGUAUUAUACAGGUUAGUAAUUCAUGAUAUAUCUAAAAUUAGUAUGAUUUCCAAAUUUACAGUUGACCCGUAAUAAUGUUUUCUUGCAUAGUUCUCCUGACUAAACUAUGCAUUUAGUAAGCGAUCUGACAAUAUUUUUCUUGAUUGGUUGCUCAAAAAUGUCCAACAAGGAAUUAAAUGAAAUGUUACCUCUUUUAUGUUUUAAAUAACCGGUACUAGAAUGAAAUAUUAUUGAUUCCCAGAACAUUAUUUGUAAUGUUAAGAGUAAGUGUGUAUCUGUUGCUCCCUGUAGUCUAAAAAUGGAACCCAAAUAUAUUAACUUGAGUAUAAUCAAUGUUUGUCUCUCAUAAAUAAAAUUUUGUAAAUUGACACUCAGGAAAAACAAUCAUUUUAUGGUAUUAUAAUGUGCAAACCACUUUUUCCUUCCAAUAGAGAAGGACUGUGGACUGCGAGUCUGAGUUAAAGAUAGCUAAGUGUCAAAACCACUUUUUAUUAGUACUCUACAACUCUCACUUCAAUGACUCUCCUUAAUCUAUAAGUUAACUCCAAAGAGAACAGGUCAAGUAAAGUUAAAAGGAGUUUACCCACACCUUUCUAUUUAAAAAAAACUGCAUUGUACACCUCCUCAGAAAUACUUUAAAAUUUGAAAUCUAUUGUAGUUUACUCUUUAUUGUUAAAAGUUCUUUAUAAAAAUGAAAAUUAAUUAGGAAAUAUUGUAUUUUAAAAAUUACAAAAGUGAAUUUAAAUGCUGCUAUUAAUUCAUUUAUUGCUAUUACAAUACUAUGUCAAAUCAAUUAAGAUGCACAUUAAUUUCACGAUCAAUUUGUAUUAAAAAACCAACUUUUAAUUUCAGGUAUUGUAAUUAAUGGCCUAGCUAAUAAAGACGACUCUUUGUUAAAUGAAAUACUUAUUUUACAUGUAGGCAGUCUUAAUUGCAUUUCAUUGUUGUUAUGCAGCACUUCUCUCUGUGCGUAUUUUCUGAAAAACUAUAUCUUGUAGAUUUUUGCUAGAUAAUGAUCUAAAACAAAUUUAGCUUUAUAAUAUAUCAUAAUACAAAAAUAUUCAAGAUAUACUUUUAUUUAAUAUAACUGUAUUGUGCCUUGGGUUGAGAUGUGGAAAGGACACCUUGAAAGCUAACUGAAGUUUUGAUAUUGUAAUUGAAUAACUGCUUGUUUCAGUAAAUAAUUGUAAUUAACAAUAUUAUAAAACAAGUAAUGUUUGUAACACUACAUUUCCUAAGAUUAAUUACAUUUCAAGAAAUCACUUUGUCAUAGUGACAACAAAUUAUAUAUUGUUCAUUGUAAUUUUAACAUACACAAUAAGUGCAUUUAUUUGUAAUACUUUUAACUUAUGGAGCACUUUUACCCUGAAAAAUAAGUACUUAAAUAUCAGAUCUCGGUUUUUUUUUAAUGUUCGUAUUUAAGUGCCACUACUAUAAUCAGCUGAGCGUUUGUGUCCCUGACUAUGAGGUUGAGUCCCUGCCUCACUAAAGCAUCGAGAAUACAACCAUCACAGACUUAUGUUCACAUCAUUUAGAACUUGGAACACAAACUAAGAAUGAAAUGUCUCUAUCUUUGAAAUCAUCACAAAUUUACCAAAAAACUAUACAAGCAUUAAACUAUAUGUUUAAAAUAUAAAUUUUCUGUGUUUGUGAUGGAACUCGUAUUUUUAAGAUAAUGUUCAAGAAAACUAUUGAAAAUACAAAUUUAAAAUCCACCCUCAACUUUACAAUUGCCAUGGUAAAUAGAUUCAUUGUAUAAAGUUAUGGUUAUCCAAAUAUAAACAAAAUUUGUAGAAUUAUCACUUUGUUCUAACCAUCAGUUUUAAUUUGGUAUCAAAAUACAUAUGUUAUUCCUAUAUAAAUCAAACAAUAUCCUCUUCUGCAUCUUUACUAACUAUUAUAUACUUUUUCUAAUUCUUCCUGUGAUGUUUCUGUGUUAUUUUUUAUCUGUAAGAUUUCCAUUUUAAGAUUUCUGGUGCUCGCUUUUAAUAUUAAGUUAGAAAUCAAUUUCAUCAUUUCGUAAAUUAAGUGAUUUCAUCUGGAUUUCAAACUAGGUUUUGUACCAAUACACAUUUUAUUUGAUCAUUUAUUCCUUUAAAUGAAAACUACUUAUUAAUAUUAUGAAAGCUCUUACUAAUUUAUUGAAUUGUUACAAAGUUGCAUAUAGACAGACAGUGACUGUAAUAUUCUGGAUAUACCAAUAAUAGAAAACAUUUAAUCCAUGUUUUUAAAUGCAUCUUAGUUUAUACAUCCACAUAUUGCACAGUGGCAGUAUAACUGCCCAACAUUUAUUUUAUAUUUAUUAUAGUAAUGAUUUUCUAGACUUAGGAGUUUAAAAUUUAAUCUAUUUUCAUUUUGAUGCAGUUGUUGGUAUAAAGAAUCUACUACAUUCUGUGUUUACUAACAAUAAAAAACGUAUAACAUGUUAUUUUUAAGUACUGACUUCAUUUCAGAUAAAUGACUUGGUAUCAUAAGAUAAUAUAAGUGUUUUUGGGCUUUGUAAUUUAUUAAAAAAUAUUUUUCUUUCUAUUUAAAUCACGUUGAUGCUCAGUAUCAAGAUCAAGGGUAUGAUUGUUGGCAAUAUACUCUUGUCUGUUCAGAAUGUCCAAGCCCAAAUUGUAUUCAGUAUUGAAGAAAAUGUUUAAAGCGAGGUUAGUAUAGUAAGAUGGCAUUUGAAGUUCAUAAGUUAAUAAUGUAUUAGCAAAGACUCUAAUUUUGCAAUGAAUAAAUGUUCUUCAGAACUAUUGCGUAUCUGGUUCUGUAAAAUAAGUUAUAAUUGACUAAUAAAAUUUUUUGUAGUUUUAAUCCUACGUAUUUGUUGUAGAUUACUAUCUUACAAUGCCGGAGUGUGGCUGUACCUACUAUAUCCUACAAAACAUUUUAAAAAAAUCCAGGGAUUUUCACAGAUAACUGCUGUUUUUAGUGACUUACAUUCCAAAUGAACUAAACAUUCCAGUAGACAGUUGCAUAAAAUGUAGCUAAAUAAUUUGUAUGUACUGAGUUUAUUAUGACUUGUACAUAUAAUUUUAAAGAGGUUAUUUUUACACUAGUUAUUUAGAAAAUGGAAAGAUAUUUAGCAAAUAAACAAACUAUAUAGCAAUAUUAAAGUGGAAUCCAGUGUUCAGCAUAAGCCUGCUAGUUUAUUAUGUUUUGUUAAGGAAUUACUCUCUGCCAUUGGACAUUUUAGUAGAAAUGUAAAUCUGUACUCAUCCAUUAUACCAUCCAAUCUUUUCUUAAUGAAGUGUCAUUAGGUUGUUAUGUUCAACAUUGUUAUAAUUAACCAACAAUCAAGCAUUUAUUAAAUUUACCAGAUAUAUAAAGGAUUUAUUUUUAAAAUCCUACCAUUAUUUUAUUUGUUUUGGGCAACUUUACUAAAAACCAUGAUUCUGUAUUUUUAAAUCAAUUUUGUUUUUCCUCAUAAAUAUAUACUAAUUUUAAGCUGUGUAAAAUAAGUUCUAUCACUAUUUUCCUUUGACAGUUUUCACUAUUUCUUUAUGACAGGUAUAUUUAACCCUCCGAGCGCCCAUUAUAUUUUGUGAGAUGCAUACUUAUUUUGUGACUUUUUGCCAGCUCUCCUUGUUAAAUAUAUAAUAAAUCUAAAUUGCAACUUAAAUACAAAUUUUUAUUUACCACUUUUUUGCAAAAUGUGCUUUCAGACUUUGUAACUAUUAUGUUAGAAAAACAAAUUUCUUAAUUUAAAAAUAAAAAAAGUAAAAAUUAAAUAAAAAUAAAACAAAAUUUGCAAAAAAGUAAACACAUGUAUUUCAAAUAUUGCACUUAUUCAAAAUUCAGGAUUGUCAGAUAGUAGGAAAUUUUACCCUGAAGACAGAAAUUUGUAUUGUUGAUUAGUUUAUAUUAAUAAAAUUCUUUUUAUAUACUUUUAUGAAGACAGCACAAUUUGAAAUUGUUAUAACACAUUGAUAUAACAGUGUUCUUACUUUUCAUGUUAUACUACAUUUUGCAGCAAUACAACAUUUAGAAUAGCCUACUUGUAGCAAAUUUUUCCAUGAAAUAUACAUUGCUGUAAGAUUUUUUAUUAAUUAUUUAUAUUUACAUAGAUUUAUGAAAGUCACAAUAGUGAAUAUCUUUUAUGUAAAACACAGACAAUGUUUAUAUGCAAUAAUAGUAUUUCUAAUAAUUAGGUUUCAUAACAACGAAUUGAAAAAAAACAAGAACAAACUAGACUGUAAACAGCAAAAUUCACAUGUUCGUAUCUGAGCAACAACAAACGAUGGAUACAUACUUCGCUGGAAACAACAGUUGAUGAAAACAAUGUAGACUAAUGUUUCGUACAGAUUAUCAGAAAUCCAGAAACUACUAAACAUAAAGAUUCUUGGACUUUCAAACGGUAUAGUUUAUAAUGCGGUUUGACCACUACUACUGUCGAUAACAUGAAUUGAAAGAGAUAAAUGUUUGUUUAUUAUCAAACUUUUUGAUUAUUAUGUUUAGUGAAAGUCUGACUCAACAAUAUUGACGAUGGACGCUCGGAGGAUUAAAACAAUUAUUGCCACUUAUCAGAUUAAUUAAUGUAGAAUUCGAUAAAAAAUAAACAACCUCAGCAAAAUUUCAUAAUUUUUUUCAAGAAGUAAAGAAAAUUAUACAUGUUUAAUGAUACUUUUUUUAAAUUACAUUAUUUGAAAAAUGUAAUAAUAAAUAACGUUUCAGCCGAAAUAAUAACACACUGGUUUGAAAAAAGACAUUGAAAACUUUUACAAGUAGGUCAAGUUAAUUCAAAAGAAACAUCACAUUACUCACUCCAAAAUAAACUGCACAGUUAAUUGUUACUCACAGGUUCAUAUUUUGUGCAAAAAAUUUACAUUUUAUACAAAUAUUUUAUAAAUGUUCUCAUAAGUGAAUGAUAGGACUUGUGGUGAUUUUGAUUGCCAUGUACAUAAACGUUUGGAUUAAAAAUAAUAAAAUGAUAUUUUUUGUUGUAUACAUCAAGAUUUGGACAUACUAAUUAAAAGCAAAAAAUAUGAACAUAUUAAAGCAAAGCGUAGUAUAAGUUAUUAAUGUGUUAUUGAAAUUUUCAUAUUGUUCUUAGUCUUAAUAAUUUAUGGGAAGAUUGUAUUGUUUAAUAUAAGAUAUGAACAUUGUUAGAUACGAACAUAAAAACAAAAACUGUUAAAUUGUUUGUUGUGAAAAUUAUUUCCCAAGGCGGAUCAUAUUGAGUAACGGAGAGUAAAUCCUAGAGUAUUAGUUUUGUACCGUCCAAAAUGUGCCUAUUCACUUGCUCUGUUGCCUUAAACAAGCAAUAUGUACAAUAUGCUAUGCUGUGAGUGUUAGGCUUUUACAGGGUCAGAUUUUGUUCUUAAUUGUUGUAUUUAACAUCAGGCUAAUUUAUUUAUUGACCAACCAAUGUAAUGUAGUUAAUUAGUAAUAUUGUAUUUUGUGAUCAUAAAGUUAUGUUUUACUUUAUUGUAAAGUAAUUCUUGCUGUAAAAAUUAAGCGUUUGAGUAACAUCUAGAAUGGUUAUUGCUCCUCAAGAAAUGAUAAAAAUUACAUUUUAUGUGCAACAUCUUAUUCUUAUAUGUAUUGUUUAAGAGCAGGUUGUACGUGGCUUGACUUAAGCCCCAUAACAACCAUGUUAAACCCCAAACACAUUUACGCCCUUAUUUUUUGUUUCAGAAUUGUGGAAGAUUUCUCAUUUUAAAGAUUAUAAUAUUAAUAAGUAUAUAAACAUGUAGAUAAUUAAUUAGUUUUUUCAGGCAAAAAUUUUAAACUUUUUGUACUUUAUUGUUUACAUACUCAAAAAAAUACAGACUUUGAAAAACAUAAAAACGUUUGAAUGCAUAUUUAUUAUAUUUUUAACGUGAAACAACUAUAAUUAUAUGACAAAAAAUAAGGUCAUAAAAAUGUUAGAGGUUUAACAUUGUUCUUAUGAUAUAAACCUAAGGCAUUUCACAACAGCCGGCUCUUUGAGCCCCAUAACAUAUAUUAUACAAAAAACAACAUUGUGUUCAGAAUAAUGCAUUUUAGAAAUUUGAUCAAGAUUGUAUUGUCUUAUUUAUUGUAAUAAAUUACAAUGAUGUGUUUUGCAAAAUAUAUUUUUCUUGAUUCUGGUGUGAACCCCAAAUAAACUGUGUUAAUAUGUUAUUACUCUUAUUGUUUCUUCUGGAAUGUUUUUGAUGUCUUGAAAAUUUGUACUCUCUUAAAUGAGAUAGGAUAUUUUUAGUGUUGUUUUGAGGAUAUUUUUAGUGUUGUUUUGUUAAACUCGAUAGUGUUUGAUAUACUUAGGUGAUUUUUAAAACAGUAAAUUCUGCGAUAUAGUUGUGUCAAUGCACUCACUGAUUAAGGUUUUUAUUUACAUUUCUGUGUAAGAAUUGUGUUUUUGAAUUCUUUCAGACUCAUAAAUUGUAUUGUACUUGUGAUAUUAUUUUAAACUAAAGUACCAAAAUAAAUUGCAUUUGGGGAUAAGGCAUCAAAACAUCUAUUGAAUUAAAGUAAUUUAAUUGUUGUUAGUUGUGCACAGUGUUUUGUAUUUGAACCCCUAGUGGUUUUCCGGAUAAUAACUAAUUGUAAUUGUCACCUCAUAAUUAAACACAAAAUUCAAUAAAAGGAAAGCUUUUAUUACAACAACAUAGCAACAAUUGAAAUGUCACUUGUUACUUGAUAUCUAACUAGACAGUUAAUGAAGCUGAAGAUGUGUCAGGACAGGUCACCGGAGAGGCUGUAACAGUCAAUCAUUGUAAACGUGUUAUUGAAUGACUGCCCCUGGAGCUAUGUCUGAUGUAACCAUUCAGAAUGAAUUUUUAUAUUUGAUAAUUGGAAAAGAGAGUAACAAUGCUAUUAAUUCCCUGUGAUUUAUCCUUGAAAUAACUAUAUUCCCCCCUCUCAUAAGGCCGCUUUAUGUGUAUUAACUGUGUUUGCUGGUUUAGGCACGACCAAUAUGAAUUAUUUAUCUAUGUAUUUAUGAAGAAGUCUAUUAUUCUAACAGGAAUUUGAUCAUGUUGAAAUGUUUUGUGUCUUAUUGUAAUUAAUUUACUUUUUCUUUUGCUGCUGGAUAUUUUACUGUGAUACAUGCUACAACUGCUUUUCUUGGUCACAAUUCAGUUUUAGAAAAUUCACCCUAAUAUUUUAAAAUUUGUGUACUAAAUUCAAUAGUUUUUUAAAUUUACUAAUGAAAUUGUGUUUCAGAAAUUAUUAUUCCAUGUAAUUUAAUAUUUUUAAUCAAUAAAUUAAAAAACUUUUGUGGUGCUAAACAAAUUAUUAGUUCAUUGUAAAUUUAUAAAUGGAACAUCUGUACAAAAUUGUACAUUCAUUUAUCGUCAAAAAGUCUUAGGUUAUCAAAAUAUUUCUUGUAACAUGUUAUUUGGCAUUUUUACCUUCAUCAGUAGUUUGUCAUAACAAGAUGUUUAAAUCUAUUUUCGAUUGAAGCCAGUAGUGUUCCGAAUUGUUAACAUAGUUUUGUGGUGAUUGGAUGCAUAUGUCAUAUUUAAAAUAUUUUUUUCAUCCACAUCUGAUAUUGUGAUUUAACAGAAAAUUCAAAGAUGUGUAAAGCUUACUUGAUGUAGUUCUAUGGCAAUUAGACAAAUUAAAUAUGUAAGAAGUUCUAGACAUCUGACUUUUUUGAGUAAUCUAAGAAAAAUACCAGUGGAUGUCAAAUAUAUCCAGUGACCGCAGCAAAAGUAUAUUUUUGUUUUCCUGAAAAUUCUGCUACUAAUUACAUUUUAUAUUACAAUAUAACUUUUAGUAUUUGGAGUAAUUUGAGUUAUUUGGUUAUUUCCUCUCAGUAAUGAAUAAAAACUGUGUGUUAAUGAUAAAUUUAAUAAAAAGCAAACAACAUUAUUUUAUCUUUAGGAUACCCAAUGUUAUUUCUCUAAUUAGAUCUAAUUCUCUAUUUUGUACAGAGACUCAGUGUUUUGUUUGUACUUAAUCACAGCCAUAUCAAAAAUGUUAAUAUUAAUUUGCAGUUUAUAAGAUGAGUGUAAAUAUCUUAGAUUGUUAUAACAUGUCUUGUUUAGUUUAUAGAACGUUUUUUAUCACAUUGUUAGAUAUUAUUGCUGACAUUUUUGCUUGAUCAACAUAAAAGUACUUUAUACAUUCCAUUUGAUGUGAAACUAUUAUUGUACUUACUAAUUUUUAAGCAUGUGUUAAUGUUUCUGGCAACAGCCAAUAUGUCCUUUGUUAUUAAUUCUUUGGAGACAAAGUAUUUUAAAACUCGUUAUUAUAUAAAUUUUUAGAUAUCUUAAAAUGGCAAAUAUUGUGAACAUUUGUGUUGUAUUCUUUGCAUCACUUUCUGUUCUUUUUCUUUUAUUUGCAUGAUGUAACACCAAAGAUAAAAUUUACAAGAAAGAUAUAAAACUACAUUGUGUUAAUGCUAUUAAAAUGUAUUAACAGCUUAAAUCUUCAAAUUUUAAACUAUAUAGUAUUAUCAAUUUCCAUUGAUGUAUGUUAUGGUUAUCAAAUGAUAAUAGUUCCUAAGAAGUUUUCUAUUUUUUAGGACACUGCUUUCAAUUAUGUAAUUGUUGUUAAAAUUGCAAUACAAUUAAAUUAUUUAUUUAAUAUUACAACAUAUUUUUAAGAAUCAAUACAAGUUGAGCAAGCUCGUGAGAUGGUGCUUCCAACAGAUACUCGUUAAAUGUUCAUUCAGAUUUAGAUAUGUUAUGUUAUCAUACGAAUUUUUGUAUAUAUAAUAUGAAUAAAACAGUCUAUUGUAUA